AUGACGAUGAAAUCGCUGAAGUACAGUGAACGGGAUGAUAUGAUGGAUGGCUUUAGUCCUGUGCCUCCACCGCUGCCAAGGCGUCAGCCAGUUAGGAACAUUUAUGCAGAACCGUUCGUGGAUCCGAGUGAAAUGAUUACAACCCCAGCUACCCCACAACGCGCUCAAAGUAAUAAACUCCCUGAAGCCAAAAAAACACUUCAUAUCGACUAUAACAUGCGGAAACCCCACAACUCUCUAUAG